CUGUAAUUCUGCUAGAGGUUGUUGGAGUUCUCCUUUUCCUACGAGUAUUACUUUUUUGCUGCUUUAAAUCGGGCCAAACCCAAAAGGUAAAUGCCGUGUUGCUCCCCCAUAUUUGCAUCGAUGUCAUCUGUCGCCAGCUUCACCGACUACAAACUCACCCACAUCCCGACCUGCAGCUGUCCCCUUGGCUCGGUAUAUUCCAAAUCGACGCUCGAAGCUCAACACGUUAUAAAUCGAUACGCCUCUUCAUUCAUUUUGUAACUCUAUUUGACGAAACUUGUUUGUGUUCUCACCAUCCAGAUCGUGCGCAUGAACUGAGAGGUGAGAGCUUGUCAUGACCGAGCCUACGAUAACAACCCCCGGCUCUACCCGGGACGGCGACACUCCGUCUAUAGCAUCGGCGCCCAAGGACAAGAGAUGCCCUUUUUGUCAGCAAGCAUUCACGUCGUCAUCGCUGGGACGGCAUCUCGAUCUUUAUAUCAAGGAGAAGAAUCCCAAGGCUCCAGAUGGCGUUCACGACGUCGAUGAGAUUCGCAAACUUCGAGAGCGCAUCACGCGCAGACAGCCCCGAAAUUCUGCCAAGCGCGAUGCUUCCACCCCUUCAGCAACAAGACCACUUGCGUCAGAAGAGGCACAGUCACCUUCAUCGGGCCGACCGUUUCUGCGUUUGAAACUCAAUGAGCUUGACUGGCAUGCCACUGGUGUGAUGAGAGACUUGCCCCCAACCAAGGAGGAUGAUUCGCGAUGGCGCCACGUACAGCAAAAGUCGGAUCUGGAGAUGCGCAGAAAGGUGAUGGAGGAAAAGGACAAUGCACGAGCCGCAGAACUAGCUUUACGUGAAGUACUCGCAAGCGUCAAGGCCGCGAGCGCAAGGACAGCUCCGCCUCCGUCUCCGUUCGAUUAUGAUCCGCUCACCCUGACUUUCCCGGCGCUCUGUCUAAAAUGCCUUUUUGCCCCCUCCACAUUGUUUUCAACUCAGCCAUUCGCCACUGGUGGGUCUUGGUCAAUAGAUCCACCGGGCCAGCCACAACUUGAAUCCCUUCGAAUAUAUUUUCAUGAUCAGUUUCAUCAAUGGAGGUUACGGCGCGGCUCACGCGACAGCGCAAGAGACGGCCAUGGCGCCCCGAACGGCCACCAGGGCAACAAUACAAAUGGACAAGACAGCAACCAGGGGCCCAAACAGCAGGGGCAGGAAGAAGAAGACAAGAUUAUAAGACAUUUAAUGGAGGCAUAUAGCCACUGGAAAGCCAUGGCGGACAAGCAAAAAGAAGACUCUUGGCGGCUCGAGGUGCUCCGAGCAUAUGCGCGAGAACUGGAACGACGAAAGGAAUCCGAACUCAAGGUUGACGCGCUUCAGCAACAAGUCGAGCAUCUCCGCUCACAAGUCGACCGCUUGACCUCCCGCCAUGAACCGCGCGAGUUCCUCACCUGCCCACCUGCAACCUUUGCCCUCACCAAGACUGUCGCAAAAGAGCUCGAUGCGGUUUCCGGCCCCGAGCUGUGCGACUGCGAUUAUGACCGCCUCUUUGCAAAAUGGAAAGCAAUCGUGCAACAAAAUCGACAGUCAAGCAACGGGUUAUUGAGCCAGCAGCCAUUACCUGGCACCAGCGCAACACCAGGAGCAGCAACAGCAACAGCACCAUCACAAUCACAAGAACGCAACGUGUCAUCCUCCUCAUCCUUUACUCCUCUUCCCGUCAAUGGCACAGGUCCCUCACAACCAGGACGAUCAUCCUCCUUGUCCUUUGACUAUUCCACAUCACCGCUACCACCACCUCCGCCUUCUGCCACUGCUUCAGCCAACAACAACAACAACAACCUAUCAACGAAUUCCAAACCGAAUCAAAAUGCCGACGCAGAUCAAAAUCAUCAUCAUAUCGCAGACGGUAUCGACAGCAGCGGCGGCGGUGCUAACCGUUCUUCUGCGCCUCCCCCUUCACAACUCCACAAUGCCCAUUCCAACUCAUCAUCAUCAACAACAGCAAAUACAUCAAACCAAACGACAAAUACGAGACCCCCGCCACUCGAUCGCACAAAUCUAGAUCCAAGUCUCGCCGACGACGGCCAGAACCAACACAGCCUAGGCGCCAUGGAGGGUAUUGAAUCCUCUAGCUCCCAGGACGCGCUCAAUUCAGACGGCUUCAUGGGCGGUCGUGUCCUCAUGGGCUUGAGUGCGAGCGACUUUAGUCAUAUGGGAGGCAGCCGCUGCGGAUCAAUGGAGUCUUGAGUUUGAGUUUGAGUUUGAGUUUUUCAUUGGGCAUUGGGCAUUGGACAUUGGGCAUAUGGGUAGAGAAGGGCCUAUCAAUUCUUAUUUCAUAUUCAUGUCUUUUUAUUUUAUUCCAUAUUUAGGUCUUUUUUUUUAUUUUAUCUUUUCAAGGCGUAUCACUUCUUUCCUUUCAUAUUUUCAAGGUGUACCACUUUAUCCUAUCUGUUAUUUAUCACGGCGUAUCACUUUUUAUCCAGCCAAUUCUCAAGGCGUAUUUAUUUAAUUUUUUUUAUAUAUUUACUCAUCCUUUCUUUCUUUAUUUAUUUUAUUUUAUUUAUCAAGGUAUCUAUUCAUUCACAUUUAUUGGGAUUGGGAAUGGGAAUGGGAAUCGUCUUUAGGGUGUUAAAUUAUUUUAUUUUAUAUUACGUUCCCAUUAUUGUCCACAUAGGUACCUAUUUAUUACUUCUCUCCCUCUCCCUCUCUCUCUCUCUCUCUCUCUCUCUCUCUCUCUCUCU